CGUCUAUAUUUAUUUAUUUCAAACAUUUUUAUGUUCCCACUUUGCCCUUUUUCUUCUCCCAUUAUCUCACCCAUAUAAAUAAACAGAUAAAAUCUCUCUUUCCCUUGCCUUUCUCUUUCUCUCACUUUCUCCAUCUCCAUUUCUCUCUAUUUCUUCAAAUGGACAAUAGACCGGAACCGGAUUCCCAAACCGGUUCAAUCACAACCCAUCACCUAACGGUUCCACCCGGUUUAACUCCAGAAGAAUUCCAACAACUAGCUUCAUCAAUCAUGGAGUUUCACUCUUACCGGAUCAACUCGGGUCAAUGUUCUUCCCUACUCGCACAGCGCAUCCACGCGCCGGUCGAUACGGUCUGGACCGUUGUCCGCCGGUUCGACAAGCCACAAACGUACAAGCACUUCAUCAAAAGCUGUAACGUGGACGAAAACUUUCGUAUUUCAGUAGGGUCCACACGUGACGUCACUGUCAUCUCCGGUUUACCAGCUGCUACGAGUACUGAAAGGCUUGAUAUAUUGGAUGAUGAAAGACACGUAUUCGGGUUUAGUAUUAUUGGUGGAGAACAUAGGUUGAGGAAUUACAGGUCAGUUACUACUGUGCAUGAAUUGAAUGAUGAUGGAAAGACAUGGACUGUUGUUUUAGAAUCGUAUGUGGUUGAUGUACCUGAAGGGAAUACGGAGGAAGAUACGCGUCUUUUUGCUGAUACAGUUGUGAAACUCAACCUUCAGAAGUUGGCUACUGUAACUGAAACUAUGGCCGGUGAAGCUCGUGGUGGUGGUGAUGGUUGUGAUGCGAGUCACAGGUGAUUGAUGUGAAACUGAACCUGCAGAAGUUGGCCACUGUAACUGAAAGUAUGGCCCGUGAAGUUCGUCGUCGUGGUGGUGGUGGUGAUGCGAGUCACAGGUGUUUGAUGUGAAUUAUCCAAAUCACGAAAAAAAAUUGUUUUUUUUUUCUUUUUAUUUGUUUUUUCUUCCCUCCACUUGUCUUUUUGGGGUUUAUUUAUUUCUUUUGACAAUGGAUUAAUCGAAAGAAAGGAUUUUGGUUGAUGAUAAUUAUUAUAGAAUCAUUUUUUAA